AUGGCUUCAGAACUACUCGCAAAUGUCUACAUCUCCCCAGCCGUACCUAUGCGGCGGCCUGACGGCCAAGUUGUCGGGACAUGGUCGCCAAUUGCAUGUACACUGAUCCAUGGACCCAAGACAGCAGUUCUGGUCAAUGCGCCUUUCACAAUAGCAGAGACCGAAGGACUGGCCGACUGGAUAAGCCAGACACUUGGAAAGAAGAAGUUAAAAGCUGUCUACGUCUCCCAUGGUGUUCACGAUUUUCUUCUGGGCCUGCCCACACUUCGGAAACGAUUUCCAGAUCUCAAGACAUAUGUUACCCAGACGACGCUGGACGCAAUUAAACAAAGCCUGCAAUCUAAAGUGCUCGCUGCUUUCUCAGCACAAUUUCCAGGACAAAUCGAUCAGCAACCGCCAGCCGAUCAAGCCGCUGAGCUUUUGCCUCCAAGCAACGAACUCGAAGUAGACGGACACAAGCUGCACGCAAUCACCGCCGGUCAAGCCGCAGUAGACAACUCAACAAUCAUCUGGGUCCCUAGCCUCCGACUCGCCGUCUGCGGCACUGUCGUAUACGGUUCAGUCCACUUAAUGCAAGUAGGCGCUGCAACGAAAGAGAAACGACAAGCCUGGAUCGCAGCUAUCGAAAAGGUCGAGCAGCUCGGACCAACAAGUGUUAUCGCAGCCCAUCAAAAGUCAGGGGAGAUUCCUGGUUUCUGGCAUUUACAGCGAACCAAGGACUAUCUCAAGACUUUUGGACGACUGAUCGAAUCGGGCAAAGUUAAGAAUGCUAAAGAAUUGACGGCAGCGAUGACGGAGAUUUAUCCUGAUCGAUUUAAUGCUGGAGCUUUGAUUGUAAGCUCGAGGGCUGCUUUUCCGAAGACGAAUCGACUCUAA